CGGGCCCGUUCCUUUCGCGCAAGCGUUCCGAGCGGAAGGCGGGGCCUGGCGGCGCCGCGGUGCGCAGGCGCAGCCGUCGGUGGGUCGGGGUUGGGGCACCUGAGAGGGUCUGCAGAUCCUGAACACCCCCGGGCAUCAUCUCUUCCCGUCUCAAGAUGGACAACAAGAAGCGCCUGGCGUACGCCAUCAUCCGCUUCCUGCACGACCAGCUGCGGCAUGGGGGGCUCUCGUCUGAUGCCCAGGAGAGCUUGGAAGUUGCAAUCCAGUGCCUGGAGACUGCUUUUGGGGUGACAGUGGAAGACAGCGACCUUGCACUUCCUCAGACUCUUCCAGAAAUAUUUGAAGCCGCCGCAGGCAAGGAGAUGCCACAGAACCUGAGGAGCCCCGAGCGAACCCCACCUUCAGAAGAGGACUUGGCGGAGGCAGAGCGCCUCAAAACCGAAGGAAAUGAGCAGAUGAAAGUCGAGAACUUUGAGGCCGCCGUGCACUUAUACGGGAAAGCCAUCGAGCUCAACCCCGCAAAUGCCGUCUAUUUCUGUAACAGAGCCGCAGCCUACAGCAAACUGGGGAAUUACGCAGGCGCCGUGCAGGACUGCGAGCGGGCCAUCUGCAUAGACCCGUCCUACAGCAAAGCGUAUGGGAGGAUGGGCCUGGCGCUGUCCAGUUUGAACAAGCACACAGAGGCCGUGGCCUAUUACAAGAAGGCCCUGGAGCUGGACCCUGACAACGAAACAUAUAAGUCCAACCUCAAGAUAGCGGAACUGAAGCUAAAAGAGACCCCCAGUCCAACGGGAGGGGUCGGCAGCUUCGACAUCGCAGGCCUGCUGAACAAUCCUGGCUUCAUGAGCAUGGCAUCCAACCUGAUGAACAACCCCCAGGUUCAGCAGCUCAUGUCUGGGAUGAUUUCCGGCAACCACAACCCCCUGGGGACUGCCGGUACCAGCCCGUCCCAGAACGACCUGGCCAGUCUCAUCCAGGCGGGCCAGCAGUUUGCCCAGCAGAUGCAGCAACAGAACCCAGAGUUGAUUGAGCAGCUUCGAAGUCAGAUCCGAAGUCGGACACCCAGUGCCAGCAACGAUGACCAGCAGGAAUGACCACCUUCUACCAUCCCCAGCAUGUGUAUGUCUGGGCCCCAGAAUCACCUGUGAUGGUGGCUGUGCUCUUUCUGCGCUUACACGGCAGCCACAGGCUACACCGAGGUGCGCUGGAUUGAGAUUUCAGCAGCCACGGCGGUGCCCUCUCGGACCCGGGAACCUGCCUGUCUGACCACCUGCCUGUCUCGUCCUUCCAGCCGUUCCAGCACCACCGGGUUCUUCCGAGCUGAGUGGGGCCUCCACGUGUUCCGUUUUCUUCUAUUGGAUUGCCCAAGAGGGAAAAAGAAAAAGAAAUUGGACCUGCAUGAGAUAGAUUUUUAUGCUUUUAUUUCUUUCCCUUCACCCUUCCCUUCCUUUUUGUACUCCCUCAUGGCUCCCAGGCCCUUCUCAAAACAGAGCCAGCAAGCUGUGAACACAGACCAGCACCAGUCUUCAAAAACCCACUCACUAAAGUAUUUCCUAGAAUA